AUGAUUACGAAAACAAAACAUGCACAUAAAGAGAAGACAGUUAGAGAUUGCAAUUCAAAGUUACCAUUGGUCAGUGAUGCUGCUAAAGCAGAAUUGGACAGUGUUGAAGAGACUAAUAUUCCACAUAAAAAAAUUAUAGAUUGUUUGACCUCUUGCAUCCAAGUAGCACAUAUAAAUGAUAUUCUUCAAAAGCAAAAGGACCUAAUGCACAUCUAUGCUGCAUUCCUAUUACCUGAAUAUAAAUGGACAGUCAAAACUACUGCAUUUUUAUCCAUCAAAGAACUUUGUUCAAGGCUCCACAAUGUCAUAAAGGACUCCCAGGGAAGUAAUGAACAUGCCAGUGUAACUUCCCUUGUUCAGGAGAUGUUUCAUUCUAUAUCCCCGAAGGUUCUACAUUGCAUAAGCACAAUAAAAAUCACUCAGGUUCAUGUUUCUGCCUCAGAAUGCCUUCUGGAAAUCAUGAAACUCUCUGUGGCAGUGCCUUCAGUAAUUGCAAUUAAUGAAGAAUUCAAAGAAGAACUCCUUCAUCAGUAUGAAAUAGAGAAGAAUGAAGGGGAAAAAUCAUUAUUAAGAAUGUGCGUAAACAUUCUUCAAGACUGGAAACGAUAG